GGCUGUGUUCAGAGGUGAUGUCCAAAAAAGGCAAAUUGUCUCCUGAAGGCCGUCUGAAUGAGGAAGCUGUUGAGGCAGCGGGACAGCGAAGUGAAGAACAAGUGACGCAACCAGACAACACUCAUCAAGAUCUAGAGAAGCAGACAGGAUCGGAUCGACAUGGUUCAUAAGACAAGCAUCCUUACAGCAGCACGCCCGUCUCAUGUAAACAACUCUGGCAUUUAGAGGUGGUGUGUAAACCCCAACAAACUCUCUCCGUCUGAAGGGGAAAUAAAGCCUCACAAAGAAAAAUACUGCUUGUCUCACACGUCAAGAAGAGAAGAGAAGCAGAAUGAUGACAUGGCUCACUUCAGCUGAACAUAAGGACGUUUGUGAUGACGACAAACCGACUGCAGAGAGCCAGUCUUGUGUUCCUGCGUAAAGCAACAACACAUAUUUAAGUUAGAUUGAACUUCAGGUCAGUGCCAGUCAAUAAGAUGAACUUUGCACAGAAAGGAAUACUAAGGAGGGGUUGAAAAAUUAAGACACAAUCAUUAGCUGCAAGUCAUCUCAAGAAUUGUACAAACACUGUGGGAGAUCUCAAAACCUUAUAUUUCAAAUGUUACAUGACUACCUUUAAGUUAAGGACACCAUUUUGGCUGAGCAUGAACAUUACCACCAGAAUGAACCAGUCAGACUGCCCUGAGGUGAAAGUCCCCUUCCCCAUCUUCUUUGCCAUCGGUGUGGUGAGCCUGGCUGAGAACCUGCUCGUCGUUGUAGCCGUCAUACGAAACAGAAACCUCCACUCGCCUAUGUACUGCUUUAUCUGCAGCCUGGCAGCCUUCAACACCAUCGCUAGCCUCUCCAAAACCUGUGAGAACAUGAUGAUUAUGCUCGCUGACAACGGACACCUGAUGAAGACGGGUUCCUCUGAGACAAAGCUGGAUGACGUGAUGGACUCCCUGCUGUGCAUGUCAUUUGUGGGCUCCAUUUUCAGCUUCAUGGCUAUCGCUGUGGACCGUUACAUCACCAUCUUCCAUGCUCUGCAGUAUCACAACAUCAUGACAAUGCGGCGUGCGGGAGUCAUCUUAGGCGUCAUCUGGACCACAUGUGGCGUGUGUGCCGUGCUCAUGGUUCAGUUCUUUGCCUCCAAGUUUAUCAUGAUAUGCUUUGUCGUCUUCUUCUUUGUCUCCUUGGUGAUUAUCUGCUUCCUAUACGUCUACAUGUUCAUGCUGGCACGCAGCCACGCCAGAAAGAUCGCUGCUCUGCCGUGCGGUGGCGAGGUGAGGAAGUGCCGUCGUCAGUGGUGGAGGGGCAGCAUGAGAGGGGCGCUGACGCUCACCAUCCUGUUCGGGACGUUCGUGGUGUGUUGGGCUCCAUUCUUCCUUCACCUCACCAUCAUCAUGGUUUGUCCUCUGAACCCGUACUGUGAGUGUUACCGGUCGCUGUUUCAGCUGCAUGUGGUGCUGAUGAUGAGCCACGCCCUCAUCGAUCCGGCCAUCUACGCCUUCCGCAGCAUCGAGCUCAGACACACCUUCAGGAAGAUGCUGUUCUGUUCAGAGUGGAGACAGUGCUCCUAAAGAAAGAUCUUUAUAACCAGGCAACUUUCUGAAUUUUUUUAAAGUAAUGACUGUUCAAAUACUCAAAAAUCAUGACCCAUCCUUAAAGAAGAAUCCAGCAUGAGAUGGUGGUUUGAAGCAACGGAUUGGACAAACAAACCAAGGACAAAUACAGAGCGAGACUGAUGUUUAAGAAGCUAACUUUCAAUUAAAGCCCUGUGAGGAGUUUUUAGCUGGUUAAGAAACAAACGGAAAUAUUAUCAAUGCUUCCAUUUGACCUAAAACAGCAAACAAGAACAUCAGCAUAAAGACGACUUCAAUAAAGUUCUGUAAUAAUAUCUUAAACCAUUGGCGAGGGGUAGGUGUCGGAAGACAUGUUUGCCUUCAUUCAGCCAGGGACGCCUUUUUUGAGGUAAAGAAUCUCAAUGAGAGACACAUUUGUUUGUGAAAAGACAACAGGUUGAGAUGUCUUGCUAAAAGUCACAACUUGCACAUGCACAGGGUGAAAUUAGCAAAGAUACAAGCGGUCCUGCUUAUAGCCACCAAAGUCAACACUAACUGUAAGUGCCUCCUCCUCAGUUUUAAGCAUUGACUGCAUGUUAAAAUGGACCAUGUUGUCAGGUUUUGCAAUUCUAGGACCCAAAACAGAAAGAGGGCACAGUUCAAUAGCGGGAGACUGAGAAGCACUUUCAAAUCCUGACUGAAACAAAUUCUAGGUUUUAGGAAGCUAUUUGGUGUUUCUGCUGCCAGCCUCAAGCGGACGCGCCAUGAACUGCAGUUUUUAGCACUUCUGAAUGGUCUACAUAUUUUAAGACCAGAGGUUG